CGCAUCGUUGUGCUAUCACACAGAUCAGGUUUUGGUCCGCGUUGUAUUUUAUUUCAAACCUCCAACCGACAUUCGAAGUCAAACAUUCGGAACAUUCGGUACUAUCACCGCACAAUCCGAAAGUCGUACUCGUACAACAUCGGAACCAGUGUCUAACUGAAAAUAUUUAUUUUAUUAAUAUUAUUUAAUUUAAUUGACUCAAAAAAACCCAUAAAUAAGAUGGACUUUUUUUUGAAUGCAGCAACAUGUGUUUGAUUUAAAUUGAUUUAAGCAGUAUAGAACAAUUCUAUUCUAAAAACUAUGUGUAACAAGUUUAGUGUUAUUUUUGUGUUGCUAAUUAUGGUGAGAUUGGGAUUCUCAAAUUUUCAGAACAAGUAUCGACAUAACAACCUUCCACCAAAUGACACUGAUUCCGACACAAGCCGUCUCUACGACUUCGACACUAGAAGCGAUCUCAUCCCAAGUUACCACAAUAGAUCUGCCAGAAAUUUCGAACCGCUAUAUACAGAGUGGACCAAAUGGAGUAGAUGCCUAGAUUGUAUGCAGCGGCGAAUAAAAACCUGCAUCAGUCCCAACUGCCACAGCUCCAGAAUGUACGAAGAGCGAGAGUGUCACAAGAAACGGUGUAAAAGAAAAACGAAAAAGAAAAUUUCGUUUCAUGUGGUGCAUUUAAAUACGAGCAGAAGCUACUUGACAAAACAAGCACCGUCUGAAGUGUGGAGUAAAUGGAGCAAAUGGUUGGAUUGUUCCUCAAAAUGUCGGACCUAUAGGGUAAGAAAAUGCAAGAAACCAGGAAGAUGUCGAAAAUAUGUACAGAGAGAGACAGCGUAUUGUUACCACGAGAGAACUAGCUGCGAAAUGUGGGUACUGAAUUUGUUAGAAGAGAAACAACGUGAAACAUCAUUAGAUGAUAGAAAGUACCAGUACAGCUUCGACAGUAAUCAGUUCAUCACCAGGGAACCUAGGACGAGGCCAAGUAAAUGCGGUGCAGCAUUCAACAAACCUCAUAUGCUGAAGAUAAUCGGUGGAUCAGAGGCACCGAAAUAUAAGUGGCCCUGGCAUGUGGCCAUAUUAAAUCAGUUUCAGGAAGUAUUCUGUGGUGGUACGUUGAUAAGCUCCCGCUGGGUACUGACUGCAAACCACUGCAUCAGAAGAAAUCUGAAAGUGCGACUAAAUGCCCAUGACCUUCGAGCCAAAGAUGGACGAGACAUCAUAAUGUCCGUUCAUAAAACAUUUGGACAUCCAGAUUUCGAAGUCCAGACUGUAGACAAUGAUAUUGCUUUGCUAUUGUUGCCUCAAGCGGUAAGACUACCAGUGGCGUGCUUGCCAACCAGAAAGCCCAAAGUGGGUAAACUAUGUUCGGUUAUGGGUUGGGGAAAAGUCCACACUACUCACUCCUAUGGAGUUCCUAUUCUCCACGAAGCACAGUUGCCAUUGGUUGCCCAUAAGAUAUGCAAGAAGGCAUAUAAAGAACUUCUGAUCAGUGGUAACAUGUUAUGUGCUGGUUGGAAAUCUGGAAAAUCUGACACAUGCGCUGGUGACAGUGGUGGAGGACUGAUGUGUCCUACGAGGAAAAAAACGAAGAAAGUCACCUACAGUGUGCAAGGAAUUACCAGUUUCGGUGACGGAUGUGGCAUCAGAAACAAAUAUGGCAUUUACACAGCAGUAUUCAACUACGUAGAAUGGAUCAAUAACAUUAUAGACCUUUACUCUUAAUCACUAUUACCUAACAAUUAUUUAUGCGUUAACAAUUUGUUAAAGUCAUGAGAACUUGAGUCAGUAGUUCGAUCGAGAAUCGAUGAGAAAAAUGAAUGAGAACCAUGAAAAAGAAAAUGUGAUAAAUACUGAUACAUGUACUAUUUUAGAAAUGAUUACCUAGUCAAGUUAACUGCCAUAAACAUAAUAAUAAUAUGUACGAGAGACUAGUUAUGUGUUAACUUAAAAUGGAGUGCCUUUACCAUAUUAGUAAAACCAUAGAAAUACAUAAAAAGCGAUUUAUGUAGAAGAAAUCUUCCAUUUUAAGAAAAUCGUUUUAUUCGUUAAAUAAAUAUUUAAUAAGAGCAAGAAAUAAUCUCACUAUCUUUUAGUUAUUCGAGUAUUAUGUAAUUAACAAUUUAGUAUACUAUUUUAUUAGUAAGUAUAUAAGAUAUAAUAUACUAUGAAAAUAGUAUAUUAAUAUGCUUUAAUUUAUACAGGGUGUUCAAGUUAGUUGAACAUACUUGAAAAUUUUCUCAGAACUUUUAAAUUCGUUAACUUUCCUGCUGUGCUACUACUUUUUAGUAAAUCUUAAAACACAUAUAUUAGCAGGAUUUUCAACUGUUAGAGAUAAUAAAACUAUAUUUCGAUUAAAUAAUUUUUAUUUAGU